AUGAAGGUCGUUCUAACCGGUACUACCGGCUUCGCUGGCCGCGAAGUACUCAACCAGUAUUUGCAAAACCCUUCCAUCACCUCGAUUGUGGUAUUGAGCCGAUGCGAGCUACCUGCGCAUGAUAAGCUCAAAGUUGUCGUACUUGAGGAUUUCACCUCAUAUCCUGAUUUUGUCCGCGAGGCCGUUCAGGGCGCCGAUGCAUGUAUUUGGACGCUUGGGAUAACGGGGGCCAAGGCACCCGAUGACGAAACUGCACAUGUCAGCAUCGACUACACAAUUGCUGCGGCGCGAUUUUUCUACGAAACAUGCAAGAAGCCGUUCCGAUUCGUGUAUUGCAGUGGUACGGCUGCAGAGCGAGAUCAGAAGAAGCCGCUAUGGUUUAUGCAAAUUUUUCGACGCAUCCGAGGACAAGUAGAGAUUGAGCUUUUGGCUUUCGCCGAUGAACACAGUGGUUUUAAGCUCUUAUUGUGA